UCAGAAGAAGAGGAUGAUGCACUGCUUCACUUGGACGAUUCUGGCUGGCCUCUUGGCCCUAAGCUCCUCCGCCGGAUUGCCUCAGAGGCCGAGCAGUGGCUACCAGGAGCAGGAUACGGCCAGAGCCUUCUACUCCUACGGCUAUAGUGAUGAUAAUGCCGCCAGGGCUGAGUACUCCUCCCGAGAUGGCACCUCGCGGGGCUUCUACUCCUACGUGGAUGCCGAGGGUAAACUCCAGACGGUUCGCUAUGAGGCCGAUGGCAUUCAGGGUUUCAAGGCCGAGGCGAGUAACCAACCCCAAGCUCCCGUGGACGAGGGAAAGGCUCCGUUGCCAGUGAGCGAUACGGAGGAAGUGCAGCAGGCUCGCCUAUCACAUCUGAAUGCUCUCAGGGAGGCCAGGGAGAAGGCUUUGGCCGCCAGCUUACGUGAAGAAGCGGACCGAAGGCAGCAGGCACAGGAACAGCAACAGAGCAGGAACAACAACAACAGCGAGGAUCAGCAGUCUGGGGAGCAAAGUCUAACCGAUGAGGACGCAGCGAUCCUGGAGAGAGUUCGAGCCGAGCUUUCAGCCAUGCUGGCCGAUCGUCAGCGAUCGAGCAAUCUGCCCAGGAACAGGGAAGAUCAGGAAAUCCGACGGGAACAGAAACAGAGGCAGGAUCAGCGAGAAGAUCGCCGACAAGAUCAGCGAGAAGAUCGACGACAAGAUCAGCGAGAGGAUCGACGACAAGACCAGCGAGAAGAACGAAGACAAGAUCAGCGAGAGGAUCGACGACCAGAUCAACGAGAAGAUCGACGACCAGAUCAGCGAGAAGAUCGACGACCAGAUCAGCGAGAAGAUCGUCGGCAAGAUCAGCGAGAAGAUCGACGACCAGAUCAGCGAGAGGAUCGACGACAAGACCAGCGAGAGGAUCGGCGACAGGACCAGGAUCAAGAGUCCCGGCAAGAUCAGAGUCAAAACGAACGUCAGGAUCAGUCGUCCCGCAACCAAGAAGCUCUCCGAGAUUUGAACAACAAUCGCCAACUUCCGAUCUCUUCCGAUCGCGAGGCCGAUGAUCUGCGCCUGCGCACCAUCUACUCCUUGGCCGAUCUCAGCUCCAGCAGCUAUCUGAAGCUCGGCGACUUGGCCAGUGCCGAGAAACUGCUCGAGGAUCGUUUGGACAACAGUGAUCUCCGGGUGCCAAUCGGUGCCUACUACACCCUGGUCUCACCGAACACCAAAUACAGUGUGACCACGCCCACGGAGCUGAGAACCCUGCGUCCAGUUGCCCUCAGUCGCAGUUUGUUGGUCAGCAAACGCAAUUGA